GAGCGGUUGCUUAGGAGGAAGGCAGCAAGCAGGAAGGCGACAGGCGACCCGAGCGAGCUCCACCCGCCCCGUUGCUCGCCCUUUAUAGCGGCCGGGAGGAGCCAGGACCCGGCGCAGCUUCCGCCGCUGACCGUCCCAUCCAUCCCUCGGAGCGGCGGCAGCGGAACUGGCCCUGGGGGUGAGCGGGCAGUUACCCUGUGCACAUCCCAGACCUCCCCUCUUCGCUGUGCCUUGCAAGAGGGGCAUCUCCUGACCUCGGGCACUGGAGAUGGAAGCUUUCAACUGCCACCCUGGUGUCCCCAAGCCUGGUGACCUGAUCGAGAUCUUCCGGCCAGCUUACCAGCACUGGGCCCUCUACCUGGGGGAUGGGUACGUCAUCAGCGUGACACCCGUAGAUGAAGGCCCUGCAGACAUGCUAAGCAGUGCAAGGUCAGUGUUCAACGGAAAGGCCUGGGUGAGGAAGCAGCUCCUGAAGGACCUGGUGGGAAAUGACGCCUACCGCAUCAACAACAAGUACGACAACAAGUACCGUCCCCUCCCGGUGGGGGAGAUUAUCUGGCGCGCUAAGUGCUCCAUCGACCAGGAGGUUGCCUAUGAUGUGCUCAGAAACAACUGCGAGCACUUCGUGACAAAGCUCCGCUAUGGCAAGGCAGUCUCUGGCCAGGUCAACCAAGCCAUUGAUGCUGUUGCCACUGUUGGCGUUGUGACAAUUGCUGCUGGUGCCAUCUCCCUUCUGGCCUGGCUCGGAAGCAGAUCCAGAGAAAGAGACGACUGAUGCUGCUUGGGCAGGGUAGGGCAGGGAGCCCCCAGCCUGGAGGGACCCAUGACAGUUUGUGGCCACAGCUGCCACCAUGCCUGCUAAUAACUCUGUCGCCUUUGCUGAGAGCAGCACUAGGUUGUUUGCUUUUAUUUAAUUGCCUAUGAUGAUUUAUUGUAUUAGUCUGGGAGUACCCACAGGCAAAUUCUCUUAUCUUCAUGCCCCUGCUGCCCUGUUGCUGGCUGGCAUGGGCUUUUGAUACAUAUUUUGUUCUCACGAGCUACAUUCUGUGAGCUCUUUCUGUGAAUAACUUAUUUUAGCCUUAACAUUUGUAAAUUUUUUUCCCUUUUUUAAAAUUUUUCUUUCUUUUAACCAGAAGUAAUGUUAAAAGUAAUGCUGAGGGCUUGUGCAAGUGGAAAGCCACAGGUUCCCAAGCCUGUGAAAGGACAGACAAGAAGGUAUGGCCUGUGGUGCCUAAACUGAGCUGCUUCUGCGAGGGCAGGAGGUAGGAAAGAAAGGCAGGUCUUACAUGCUCUGUCCCUCAGUGUUGUAAAUGAGUGCUCUGGUUUUGGCAUGAUGGUGUUUUGCUCAGUUUUUUCCUGUCUGCAAAGGUGUCCCUUUCCCUAGCUCCUCUGACUCCCUUUGGGAACAAGCAGAUGCCUGGGUUUUGUGUGUGUGUAGGGAGGGUGAUCCUGACAAAAAAACCCGGCUGGCUUUUUCAGUGGCACCUGUUUGUUCCAGGUUAGGACCACUGUGCCACUGAAUUUUCCCUUUUCAUCCUUGUAAGUGCGGUAUUUUUUGGUAUUGGACCUGAUCACACUUACCAGAGGAUCUUUAAGAUCCCUUCUGACCCAAACCAUUCAGUGAUUUUACCCCUUGGGUUGCCAAAGCACUAAAGCACCAUGGAUUGCAAGAGCAGCCAGGAACUUUUGCCCCCCACCUCCUCCCCUGCUGUGGUCUUUGGCUCUACAAUGACCAGAAGUUAAAUUUAAGCAGUUUGUAGCCCCAGCAUAUAUUUGUAGAAUUUGCUGUGCAGCACCUGUGCCCUUCUCCAAGGCUAGAGAGACCCACUAUUUCCUUGUUACAGAACUGACGUGUAGCUUGUCAAAGAAAGAAAUAGUUUUAUAAAAGAGUGGUUUAUUAUUCUUUACCAGGAGUAUCUGUCUUGUGUGUCUGAAAUCAUGUUAUAGAAACUAAAUCCUGUGUUGCUCUCAUACUCCACAAGUGCCUGGACUGUAAGAAGAGAGGACAGCAAAAGAGCUGUCUGUAAGAGGCUUGCUAUUUUUAUCUGCUCUUAACAUAUACUAAUGGGGUCAGAAGCUUUUUUUAAACAUCUGUUGUUUCAAUGUUUGAAAUAACAAAGCCAAGACUUCUGGUUGUAUUUUGUAGUGUUUGUAGUUUUCUCUUACUAUAUUUAAAUAAAAUUAUUUUAUAACAUGGAAAAUCAUAUUCUAAUAAAACUGAACCUGAAAGUCC